UGCAAUGCACUUCCGACCUCCGUCAGUAACACGUUCUUCCUAUCGCAAGUCAACGUGGCUCGAGUCUAGGCACAGGCGACUGUGUCUUUUCCAUCGACAAGAAGUUAAAAAAAAAGAUUGAGUGGUAAUUAAUUGACUGACAACGUGACCUGUUAGUUGUGGAGAGGGCUGACCGGCGCGCGGCAUAAAAAGCACGGGAGAUUGGUUAGAGUGGACGGGGCGCUAAGUGGGUAAGUUCGGUGCAGCAGUCGUCUUCACUAGGCCUUCCCGGAUGCAUGUGGUCCCAUUUCGUGGGGGAGCCCAGCCUGGUCAGCAGCAGUGCUCAUCCCUCGGACGUGGGCAGCGGUACCAGCAGGACUACAACCGGGUAGACCACAACCGGCCUCCAUCCCUCAACUUGGCUUCGCUGCAGCAGAACUUUAACUCACUGUGGGACCGGACCAAGAAGAAAGUCAACAAAGCCUACAACAUCGUCUACUCUCCCGAUCCGCCGAGUGAGAAUUACCGCGUGCAAGAAGCAGACGGGACAGAGAUGGGAAGCCUGGAGCUGAGUCUACGAUACCCGACAGGGGUUCAUAUUGGAGUCGAACCGGAGACCCAUCACUACAACGAGAGGCUCAUGGAGGAUGGGCACGAUGACGAUAAUGACGAUGUCUGGACCCUCCUGAGCAUGAUGCACGCCAUGGUGGUGGUGACCAUCGUCAUUGUCCUAGACACGGCUCAGAUAUUCCUCCGCUACUCCGAGGGAGUGAACGCUGUCACGCCGGCACACGUUGAAGGCUUCUUCAUCAUGUUGUACCUGAUCUCCAUCGCCUGGAUACUGGUGGUAGUGGUGCUCAAGCGGCCGCUACCGGCCAGCGAUGACGAGGAGCGGACGGACGCCGAGGCUGGAAGCCGGUACUUGUACGUGGGUCUUCUCUUCUUCGGGAUCGGUGGUUCCCUGUGGAUGAUCAUGAGGACCGCCUCCUACAUUGAAAUGAGCGGGAAGAACUGCGGCAACCAAAGCGUCUUCGCCUUCGGCUCCAUCCUGUGCGUGGUCUUCACUAUGCUUCAGAUCUACUACUUCUGGCGAUUCUCCAAGUAUUGUAUCGUCCGCUGGAAGCCCAUCGCCAAACUUGCGGUCAUGCACCUCAUGGCAACGAAUGCAGCACUCUGCGUGCGAACUCUGGUGGAGGAAACGUGGGAGGACUUUUUGUUGGACUAUCUCAAGUCUAGCUACGCCAAACAUGACGCAGGAUAUACCGGGAAGCUUGGCCAUCUUGUGUCGGCAGAGGGCGGCAACCUAUACGGCAAGUACAACACCACUUACAAUGGUACGGGUGGCUACCCUGUGGAUCCCUGCUACAUUGGCAAGACAGCUGACGGUCUAAGCGGUGCUGUGUAUAAGGCUUCUGUCUUCCUGUAUUCCUUCACCAUCGAGUACACCAUCAUUGCCGGUGCCAUGGCCUACAUCAUGUGGCAGAACAUCGGGCGACGGGUGCACCAUCCACACAAGGAGCAAACCCCCCGUCAGUUCAACUUCAGCUUCGAGUGCGGUCUGCUGGUUGGCGUGCUCUGUACCAUGUGUGGUGUCAUCAUCCUGAUCCUUAACAUCAUCUAUCUGGGAGACUACGAGAAGCGAGACCAGAGCUUCAUGUCCUACCGUGGCUACCGGGUCUUCCUGAAUCUUGUCUGCAUCAUCGCCUGUAUAGGCGCCUUUAUUGGGAUCCACAAAGGCGGCUGGCAGCAGGACCAUCAUUCAGGCCCGGCGCAUCGGGUAGACGCGGCGCUGCUGCUCAUCUGCGUGGGCGGCAGCCUGCUACAGAGCACCUACACCUUCGUGGCGGCCAUCUCCUCCCUCGGACAGCUGCACGCUGGUCUGGUUUUCUUCGAUGACUUCUCGCACAUCAUCCAGACGGUGCUGCAGUGCGUGCUGAUCCUUGACGCCAUGCACCGCAAGCCGCCGGCCGACUUCCGCCAUACUCGUACCAAGCAGCUUCUCAUGUUCCUGCUGGUGGCCAACAUCACUUGGUGGCUGAUCAGCACCUACGAGUUGAAAGGAGGCUACGACCUGUACGCCUUGGAGAACGGCUUCUACGGAGCCACCACCUGGUAUGUCAUCGUGCAUCUCGCGGCGCCCUUGGAGAUCCUCUUCCGAUUCCACUCCACCGCGUGCUUCUUCGAGGUUUGGAAUUUGCCAGGCGUGGACGCUAAUGCCGGGCACCACCACUAGGGGGCGCCCUGAUGCUGUGGCCGCAUUUGGUAGGAAAUGGAGGGCGAGGCCGCCAUGCGUUUCCAUGUAACAAGCGAUUAUUUGAAAUAUCUUACGAAGGGAAUGAACUGCUUACCAACUCUGCAAUAAAAAAAGACUAGGCCAAUUGCGCUCUUAAGUUGCAAGUGCAGCGAUUUUAUUGCUCUGUGUACAAUGUACAAUAAUAACAAUCAUUCAGCAAAACACGUUAAUUGUUGCGGACUUGUUCUUUCCAUAAAUCGAUAAGUUAAAAUCACCAAACAAAUCCCUUGUGGGUUUUUUGGAUCGCAUGUGUACACAAUCCGUAACCCAUACAAGUGAUGAUCAUUACAUAAAAUGUUAAAUCAAUUAACAAAAUAAUAGAAAUAAAGCUGAUAUUAAUAGACCGUUACAUUAAGGCCCGCCCACAUCGCACGUAGGAAAACAGCACAUGCGCCUCUUCAAUAACAUAUUACAUAUUCAAAUUCUACUUGAAUAUGCAUGUCGUACUUUUUGUAGACGCAUGUCGUACAUUACUCAAGGCUGUGAUUGGUCAAAGCGUCACGGGGUGUGGCUUAAUAAUGUAUCGGUCUAGUGUCGCUGUUAGGC